AUGCUUCCCUCUACACCCCUAAUCCGGGCGAUCUGGAGCGACACGGGUGAUGAAAAGGGGCGGCGAGUGGGCUUUCCCAGGUCUCCCGCGCCGUCCCCCGCUCCCCCCCGCCACCCCCGCACGCCGGGCCCCCCGCCCCCCCGCUUCUCUCGGAAAGCGCUGUGCGGCCGCUUUGCCUCCAGCGCGCGGCGCUGCGCUCGCUUUGAUCGCUUCGUGCGCUGCCAGCCGGGCUCGGCCAGCCGCCUGGAACUGAGGACCAUUCUUCGAAUCUGCGGCUUUCAUGACGUCUCCCUGCGUGGUCCAGCACUUUUCUCCUAUCCAGGGAUUUUUUUUUUUUCCUUUCCGCCACUCUCGCCUUUUCCCCCCUUCCCUCUCUCUCCACCCGGUCUCCGCCCCCCCUCCCCCGCCCCUGCUCGAUCGCACACCCCUCCGCCCCUCGGUUGGCACCCCCGGCGCCCAGUCCGGCUCUCCGCUUGCGGCCAGAGGGAGCCAGUUCCAAGACGGCCGGCCGCACCUGGCCGGAGAGGCUGGGCGGGCGGAGGGGUGGGGACCCGCGGGAACCUGGAAGCUAGACCGGGAGCUGCCUGCGCCGCGAGGAGAAUGGAGUCUCCUAACCGCCUCCCGGGGCCGAUGUGA